AAAAUAAAUAUCAGUAUGAGUCAACCAGUUUCUUCCUCUAUCUGACUUCCUACUCAAUCUGUGAACGGUGAAGUAAUGGGUUUUUGAGCUCACUCUUGACAAAGACAGGGACUUAAAGAGGAAAACAGUUCACUGCUCAGACCACUUGAACCUGACUUCUCACCAAGUAUCAAGCAGACGCAGAAGAUGCAGCAAAUGGAGGUAUCUGAUUAUGUUAAUGAGCCAUCGAGACCAAAGCAGAAAGGCAGUGGGGAUGCAAAACAAACAGAGAGAAGACUCUGCCAGGUGGUUCUCCUCAGCUUUGGGCUGCUGUGUGUCAUACAAGCCAUUCUCAACGUUUCUCUACGCCUGACAUAAUACUCUACCCACUCGGACUGCAACACAACUCAUUUGCCUCGUCAAGACCAGGUGAAGAAAGUGCAACAGGAUUGUGAAGGAGUGCUGCCUGGUCAUUGCAACAUAUCCCAGGAACAAUUCAAGGCUUUGAUGCGAGACAGAACCCUGCUGGAAACCAGAAACACUGAGCUCAACAACAAGAUCAAGGACCUGGAGGAGGAGAGGGACAGGCUGAGGACUAAGCUGGGGACAAAGCUGAGUGGACCUGUGUACUCUGAGGGCUGUCCAGCAGAGUGGCGGGAGAUCAGGUCCAGAUGUUACUUCCUCUCCACUGAGCAGAAGACUUGGGAGGAGAGCAGGAACUACUGUCAGAGUAAAGAAGCUGACUUGGUGGUGAUCAACAGUGCACAGGAACAGAGGGACUUGUACCGUCUGGAUGGGGAUGAGGAGCUCUUGUUCUGGAUCGGUCUGAACACAACUGAAACCACUGGGUGGAAAUGGGUGGAUGGAUCAGCGCUGACCACAACAUUUUGGCAGGCAGGCCAGCCUGAUGAUGGUGGUCCCAACAAGGUGGAGUACUGUGUGGAGAUGUAUCACAAGAAGCCAGAGCUGAACAGCUGGAACGACGCCCCCUGUGGAGCCCAGCGCCGCUGGCUGUGUGAGAAAAAUCAGGCUGGAAAGAUCAUCCCCUGAAAGUCAC